AUGACGCUGCUGCAGGACAAAGUGGCGCACAGACCGAGGAAGGGGGGCUGCGUUCCCCACCCGAGGCGGACGGAGCAGGAAGCCCUGGAGCUGUGGAGAGCCGGUAGCAGGAGAAGGGAGAAGCAGCCGGCUGGAGCUCAGCCCCCACAGGGUCCGCCCCGUGACUGGGGCCCUACCGGACAGGAGACGGAGGGGGAGCAACUCCCAGAAGGUGCAGCAGCCACCACCUCGGGCCACUCGGAGCCAGGAGCCAGCGCUGGGAGGGGCGACCAGUCAGCGGGCUCCACACGGGGCGAGUCACUCAGCGACGGUGAGCAGGAGCCAGCCACAGGGGGCUGGACGGUGCAGGAGGGGGGUGGCCGGAGGCGGGGGCCGCCAUGCAUCCCGGCUGAAGAGGGAGAGAACGGAGAGUUCAACAGCCCGGCCUUUAGACGCAGGGUCUUCCAUGUGCACCACCAGUUGCUGGAGGCCUUGGACAGCCUGUCCACCAGCUGUCUGGCCUUGUCCCAGAGCACGGAGUCGGCUCCCACCCUGGCCCACCUCCUGCUGCAAGCUCUCUCCAGCCUGCAGUCCCUGACGGAGCAGGCUCCCAGCUGUGUGGGGGCUGCCAGGAGACCCUGUGCCCAGGAGCCUGUGGCACCAGCGCUGGCACCACUGAUCCAGGAUCAAACGGCUGCCCUGCAGGGUCUGGUGGGCGAGGUCUCCACCGGCCUGGAGAGGCUGCGGGAGCGACUGGACGGGGGCUUCAGCCGGAUCACACAUCUCCUGCAGUCUGCCCUCCCAGGGAGCAGUGGCGCGGCAGGGUCACAGCGCCGGGGGAGCCGUGCAUGAGUGGACCAGACUGCACUGGGGCAGCGGCAACCCUGCAAUCUGUAGCCCAGGGCAAACAGGGCGGACCGAGGGACCCUGUGGUACCUGAGUUAGUGACAGUGAUCCCAUGGUUGGACCAGGGGACCCUGUGGAGCACGGGUCAGUGACACCCACGCUGAGCGUGGACCGGGGGACCCUGCCAAACCCAGGUCAGUUUCACCCACCACAAGGGCCCAGACUGGGAAUCCCAGCAGACCCGGGCCAGUGAAAGUGACCCCAGGGCUGGGGCAGGGGACCCCACAGAUUUAUUACUGGCAGUGACAGUGACCCUCCCAUUGCCGACACUAAAUCCCGGGAAUACCACAUGGCAUCCCAGCGGUGCAAAGACGGGGAUGAUGUUUGUUCCCGGGGUGUGUUGGAGUGGUCAGAAUGUGACGGGCAUGGAACUGGGACGAGGUGUCAUUGGCUGGGUGUGUUGUUGGGAAUAAAGUCUUCGUGUCUAUCUGCAGUGAUGGUGUCCAUCCUGUCAAUGAGCACUCAAUGAGAGUGUGGGUUACAGCACAGGUACUGUUGGGAUGGAUGGAGUGUGCGUCCUGCACAGCGUGAUCCCACAGACACCACUGUGACCAGAGGAUGAUCUGUUCCUGGGGUGGUCUGGGGGUCAGUUAUUGGUGGGACAUCAGGGAAACAUCCCCUACUCCUACUCAAGUGCUCCCCUGGGCCGGGCAAGGACACCCGGGUCCUUGUGAACAACUGCACUCCCCACUCGCUCCCAAUUUAAAAUAAACCCCUUGCCCUGUGCAUCAAAGUGGAGAACAACAUGAUGUUUCAUCAGCCACAGAGUCACAGAGUUGUGCAGCACAGACACAGGCCCUUAUGCCCAUUGGCUCUGUGCCAACCAUCACACCUCUCUGCACCAAUCCCACUGCCUGCAUGAAUUCCACAUCCCUCUGCGCCCUGCUCACUCACCAACCUGUCCCGACGUCUCUGCCUGUUGUCACUGUUCCUGCCUCCAGCAGCUCCCCGCCGCUCAUUCCUAAUCCCAACUACUCCAUGAAAACUGUCCCCCUCGCAUCCUUUGAAGCUCCUCCCUCUCAGCUUCAUCCUCUGCCCACUCGGUCAGACACCCCCACCCAGGGGAAUGGACUCUGGCCAUCUACCCUGUCUCUGCUUCUCGUUAUUUUAUACACCUCCAUCAUGUCACCUUUCGGCCUACUUCGCUCCGGGGAAACAAACACAGCCUCUCCUAUCUCUCCUUGUAACUGCAGCCCUCCAGUCCAGGCAACAUCCUUGUGAAUGUUUUCUGCACCCCUUCCAGCUAAAUCACAUCCCUCCUGUCGUGUGGUGACCAGAAUGGUACACUGUGCUCCCAGUGAAGCCUAACCAAUGUGAUGUACAACUGUAACCGGAUGUCCCAACUCUUGUACUCAAUGGCUCAGCCGAUGAGGACAAUCAUGUCCUGCCGCUGCCGCUCCCUCAGCUUCCCGUCCCCCUCCCCACUCACAACCCCACCCAGCCUCAAUUCCCCGGCCUGUUGAGCUGGGGUUUGAACGACCUCAAUGAUUGAGCCACCACACUCCCAGGGCGGACACUUCCAAAGGUCCAGGGCACUCUCGGUGAUGUCAUUUUUCACCUCAGCUCCUGGCCCCCUUAUUUUGUGACCCCUGUUUCCAGGUCCUUCACCCAGGGGAAAGCAUCCUCCCUCCUCCAACACCAGGUCCUUGUGGAGGGAGCAUGAACCUCCAGGAUUUCUGACCUAGUGGGUUGUAGGAACCAGAUCACUGGAGGGAUUUGUUUCAGGUUUCAAUGAGAUCAGCUCCUUCUUCUAAACUCCAGACAACACAGACCUAGUCUGCUCAAUCUCUGCACACCCACCAUCCCCAGUACACGUCUGGUGAACCUGUCUGCACUCCUCUGUGGGAAGUCGAUACAUGUCUAGGUUCGGGAACUAAAACUGCACAACACUCCAGGAGCACUGUAACCAAGGGCCCACAGAACUGCAGUCAGUCACCUUCAUUCUGGGACAGAUCACCCUGCAAUAAUGCCAACGUUAACAACACAGACCUUUACAACAGCCGGCACUGUACUGUAAGGGACAGAAAUAUACAACAGCCAGCACUCUACUGUAAGGGAACAGACCUUUAUAGCAGCCAGCACUGUACUGUAAGGGCACAGACCUUUACAACAGCCGGCAAUGUGUAUAACAUACACUGCAUUGCAUAAGAGGGAAAGAACACGCAAGUAAAACAGCAGUAUAAGCCAAGGACACAAAUUCAAACAAACCUAACACUGUUCUGUGGGGCCAGAGUUUUCCAGCACCAAUCCCUCUGCUGUACCGAUAAAGACAUGAACUGUUACGAGCCACGUUGCUAUUUAAGGCACUUGGACAGUAGAGUAGUAGUGUGUGUGUGUGGUGUCAUCAAGACAUCAAAAUAACAACGUGCUGGCAAUUUUCCUCAGUGAGUCAAGAAGAGAGAGAGACUGCUGGUCUCCGUAACAAUGGAUGAAGAACAAUAGCUGUGUCUGUCACUACAAUCCAUGUAUGGAUUUUUGGAGCAAACAAGUGCAGUCCACUUUGUCGUUCACCUGUAGUGGGAAACAGGUAUUUCUGUGGGCGGCCACGUAUCGAAUGCCUUCGGGGUGGCACAUACUUUGGAACAAAGCAAAGGAGAUCAUCAGGGAUUGAGAUGUCAUAUGGGUUCCAUCGUGGAACAUGUGGAUUUUGUCAUUUCUCUCUACAUUCUCUCUACAUUUUCUCUUCAGUCAACGGUGGUUUUGCUAAAGCCUUUGCUCACGUUUAACCUUAUGACUUUCUGAACUGAACUUUGAGAACUAUUCCUGGACUUGCGGUUUGGGAAUUUGUCACACUCAUACAAUGUUUAAUAUUUAACUUUUUCACUUUUCUUAUUAUCAUAAGCAGUUAUUAAUAAAAUAGUUUCUAACACUUAUACAUGAUGCGGGGUGUUUCUAUUGUUGCUGGCAUGUAACAAAAUUGGGGGCUCGUCCGGGAUCAAUCCCAAGAUUGACGAGGGUAGUCCAAGAUCGAACUCAAGACUGGCACAAGAGGUCUGGGUUUGAAAAAAUUGAAGCUUAUUGGAUGGCUGGUUGUUGGUCGGCCUGGUAAAUGUCUUUUUGAUUGGUUUGUGUGUGUGGAAACCAGCAACAAUGGAUACAUUUUUGAAAAAAAAUCCCUGUGGGAUUGCAGGGCAUGAAUAAGGAUGGUUUGUUCAACCUUGAAACAGUAAAGCGGUCAAUGAGAAAGACAGCUGUUCAGACACUGAUAGCUGUCCGUUAUGUGGAGUUGAAGAUGUUUGGGGAAGAUGUGUUAGAACAGUUUCCUGGGAGUGAAUCAGAGAUUCAGCCGAAUGAGAACAAAGGAAACUAGAUGGCCCAGAUGCAGCCGAAUGAGAACAAAGGAAACUAGAGCUAGAAGGAAGAAGGUUAGAUGCUGAGGCAGAACAAAGGAUGUUAAAUGCCCAGAUAGAACUGAAGAGGAUGGAGGAUGAGGACAAGGAGAGACAGAGGCGGCAUGAGUUAGCAAUGAAAUGAAAGAGUUCUGAAUCUGGUUCUGAUUCUGAUAAUGAUAGCCAUAUCAUAUGAUGACCAUAGCCAGAGGGGAGGUUCUAUUAGUCCCUCCUUUUGAGGAAGAUCAGGUUGAUCAGUAUUUCCAAGAUUUUGAAAAAGUUGCUGAGAGUUCAAAGUGGCCAAAAGAAAGAUGGGCUCUUAUGUUACAGAGUGUGAUUAAAGGUAAAGCUCAACAAGCUUAUUCUGCUUUGUCUGUUGGGGAUGCAGCUGAUUAUAACAAGGUAAAACAAGCUGUGCUUAAAGCUUAUGAAUUAGUACCUGAAACAUACAGACAGAAACUUAGAGACCUGAAGAAGUCUACAGGCCAGACGUACUUGGAAUUUGCCAAUGGAAAGAGAAUAUAUUUUGAACGAUGGUACAUGUCUAAAAAUAUAAAUGGGAAUUAUGAUAAACUGAGAGAAUUGAUUUUAGUGGAGGACAUUAAAAAGUGUGUCUCAGUUGAAAUAACAACAUAUCUAAAUGAGAAGGAGGUGGAAACUUUGCAAGAAACUGCUAGGUUGGCAGAUGAGUAUGCUUUAACCCAUAAAUCCAAAUGGGGACAAACGAAGACCUUUCAAAAGAGUUAUAGGGAUAAUCCAGGUAAACCGGAGGUUAAAUUGAGAAGUAAUCAAAAGAGGAAGGGUGAUCGGAAGCCAGUGCUGGAGAAACCUGCUGAGCGUAUUUGUUAUCACUGUAAGAAACCUGGUCAUGUGAUAGCUAAUUGUUCCCUCUUGAAGAAAAGGAGGCCGUGCCAAAUACUUGCUUUCAAGUAGUUAAAACUAAAAAUCAAAAGGGUUUUGGUCAUGUUGUUAAAGAUCAGUCCUUGCCAGAGGUAAAUGCUGAAAUGUUGGAUGAGGUUAGGGAGGAAUUCCGUUCUUUUGUAUCAGAGGGUUUUGUCUCACUGAAUGUUGGGUCACCCCAAGUGCCAGUGAAAAUCCUUAGAGAUACUGGGGCUUCCCAAUCCAUCCUGUUAGAGUGUUUCAAAUUUUGGUGAGAAGACUGCUACUGGUGAGGUAAAUCUAGUGCGAGGCAUUGCAGGUGACACUGUGUCUGUACCUUUGCACAAGGUAAUUUUAAACUCAGAGUUAAUAGAAGCACCUGUUAAAAUAGGGAUAUGACCUAGUUUACUAGUGGAAGGAGUUUCUUUGUUAUUAGGGAAUGACCUUGCAGGUGGAAAAAUUGUCCCUGUGGUACAGUUAAAGACCAAACCAAUUAUUGAUGAGUUCAAGAACGAUUCAGAUGUUUAUCCAUCCUGUGCAGUGACUCGAGCUGGGGCUAAAGAAUUUGACGUCCAAUAAUCCCGUGCAGCCUGAUUUUGUUACCUGUGACAGCACUAAACAAGAUGCAAGUUAUGAUCACUUGUCCGAGACAGUUCUGUUUUCACUGGAGAAUUAAAAUCCUUGUAUUGGGCCUGAGUAUAAAGAUUCGUCCUUUGCAGGAAAGAAUUUAUAGUGGAGCAGGCUAAUGAUCCUGAGCUUACUGAAUUGAGAGAAAAAAAGCACUUUCAUGUGAUGACAUUGAGAAGGUGCCAACUGGAUAGUAUUUCAAAAGUGGACUGUUAAUGAGGAAAUGGAGACCUCCUAAUGUUCCUGCCAGUGAGGAAUGGAAAGUUAUUCACCAGGUUGUGGUCCAUAAUGUUCAUAGGAAUGAGAUUUUAAACCUCGCCCAUAGUAUGCCUUUAGGUGGUCAUUUUGGUGUGACUAAAACUGUAAGAAAGAUUGUGAAACAAUUCUUGUGGCCUGGUUUGAGGAAGGAUGUUGUGAUGUUUUGUAGAACUUGUCACACAUGUCAGAUGGUAGGUAAACCUAA